UCAUAUGAACGACAGGAAGCAUGUUUGUGCCAUUUUAAAAAUGACCUAUGUGUCAGCUUUUCUGUUUCUUUUUGCGAUAAGGAAUCACUGGAAGUGAGAUUCAAACUGAAAAAUAUCUUGAGUGGAAGUCUUAAGCUUCCUAGUCAAUCAGUGAUAGGCAGUCGAGUUGUAUAGAUGUGUUCAGUGAUUUUCGCUUUCUGUGAAAUCUGUAGGAAGAUGAAGUUUUUUCUAAUAAUUUCUUGUUAUUCGGUAGUGAUAAUAGGCGCGGAAAUAUUCAUCCCUGAUUUAAUAUCGCGAUUAGAUGCAAACCCCGAUGUUGGUGGUGACAUUAGUUAUACAGUAUCCAAUCAUUUUGGAGGAAAGUUUCUGAAACCGAUUUCAGGUGAUAAUUUCGAAAAUGCUGUUUACAAAUCGAACAUGGGUGAUAUAAACCGUAACUUCAAAACGGCAAUUGAUGAUAUAAAGCGGAAGGCGAAACGUGUAGAUAUGGUUUUUUUAAUCGACUCAAGUUCAAGUGUUGGCAAAGAGAAUUUCAUUAGUGAAACGAAAUUUGUUAAGAAACUUCUGAGUGAUUUCAACGUUAGUUACAAUUACACGAGAGUAGCAUUGGUAACGUAUAGCUCCCAAGGAAAAGUUAUACGACAAGUAGACCAGAUUUCGGAGCCGUCCGUUAACAACGAUAAAUGUACACUUUUGAACGAUGAAAUUCCACAAAUUGAAUUCGUUGCUGGCGGUACCUAUACCUAUGGUGCUCUGGAGGAAGCGAAGAAAAUUUUGAUUAACGCUCGGAAAAAUAGCAAAAAGAUAAUAUUUUUAGUAACUGAUGGAUAUUCAAAUGGAAAAGAUCCAGUUCCGAUAGCAACAAAAUUGAAAGAAAGUGGCGUAACCAUUUUCACUAUAGGUAUCCAGUCGGGGAACUAUAUUGAGUUGUACAAUAUUUCGAGCGCACCUGAGGAAGGGCAUAGUUUCCUGCUUGAUAGUUUCUCGCACUUUGAAAGUUUAGCGAGGAAAGCCCUACAUGCUGAUUACAAAAUUGGUUUCAAUGUAAAAUUGGGUAAUCAGUCCAAAUGUGAUGGAUUAUGUGAAAACCAGAACAAAACAGGCAGCUGUUGCGAUGUAAAUGCCGACUGUACAUGCGGCACGUCUACCGGACAUUAUACAUGCCAAUGUUUUUCUGGGUAUUAUGGAUCAGGCCUAAAGGAUCAAUGCUUUCCUUGCCCAAAUGGUACUUAUUGGCAUAAUUCGAAUAUGUGCCGGCCCUGUCCAGACAUCAACCACAUCACAAUUGAACAGCCCGCCCUGAAUGUGAGCUACUGUGUUUGCAAGACUGGAUUCAAACAAACUGAAGAUAAUCGCUGUGAAGGAAUAACCUGUCCGAAACUCUCACCUCCUCAGAAUGGGUACUUCGUUAAGCAACCAACAAGUUGUGCCAAUGUACUAAACGCUGCUUGCGGAGCUCGAUGUAAGUCUGGGUACCAACUAACAGGAACAAGUUUACGACUUUGUCAAGAAAAUGGGACGUGGUCAGGAACAGAAGCAACUUGCGUAUUGAAAACAUGUCCCAGUCUAUUAGUUCCGUUUUACGGUCUAGCUUUAUGCCGUAAUAAGGAUUUGAAUUUAUUUUUCGAUUAUUCUCCACGCAAUUCAACAUUCAUGAAAUUUUAUGAUAUUGAUUCUAAGCGAGUUACUGAACCAAUGCCAAUAGAUACAGACUGCACUUUCAAGUGUGGUCCUGGAUACUAUCUGGUUGGUUCAAGAAGCAGAACUUGUUUGCCAUUAGCGAAGUGGGAUGGAUUGCAAACAACAUGCAAACAAAUUUUAUGUUCGCCAUUGCCUAAACCCACAUAUGGAAGCUAUGAAUUCGGUGAUUGUACAGAGCAAAAAGUACCCCACGGAACAAACUGUACCCUAUUGUGCCCGGAAGGAUUCACUGUCAGAGGUCCAGAAACCAAAACUUGUGCUGGGAAGAAGAAUGGUAUAUGGACACAUAAGAAUAAAAAUGCAAAGUGUGUAGAUAUCACUCCGCCACACAUUACAUGCCCUGAAAACAUAUCAGUGUUUGUCGAGGAAUCCAAUGAUUAUACUAUAAUUAAAACGCUACCCAUUCCAACAAACAUGUCAGAUUCAUCAGGCCGCAAUGUCACUUACUGGCUGAAACAGAAUGUUAACAUUACUGAUGGUGUCAAACUGAACAUCGGCAACCACACUUUCACCUAUAUUGCAAGUGAUCCAUUUAACAAUAAGGCCAAUUGUUCAUUUAUAGUCCAGGUUAUCGACAAAGUUCCUCCAGUCGCAGAGAAUUGUAUCGAUCCUGAGGAAUAUCGCGUGCGCAAUACGAAAACCGAAUUUAUCGAAUGGGAGGAACCAACAUUCUUUGAUAAUUCCAACACUGAGGUUAUUGUUCAAAAAUCUUUAAGUCCGGGGAUUCUAGGGGAGGGACUUCAUAAAGCUGUUUAUACGGCUUUCGAUAAAUACGGAAAUAAUGCUUCAUGCUCUAUUAAUAUAACAGUAAAAGAAAUGUUCUGCGAUACUUUAAAACCUCCUCUCAACGGGAAUAUUCUAUGCGCAAGAAAUAUCACAUAUACAUGGUGCGAAUUAAUUUGCAAUCCCGGCUAUGCAGUGUUCGACAGUAUCACUGAUGAUUAUCAAGAGAGUCUUAAUCUUACGUGUUUGAAUGAAUCCCCUGAUUGGAAAGUAGAUUCAACGCCAGAUUGCACACCACUCGAACUUCCUAAUAGCGUAGAGCAAAUUCUGACCAUUCCGGUUGAUUCUGACAAUGUAGAGCCGAUUUGUGGAAAUGAAACUAAGCAUAACGAUUUGCAGAAAAUUCUUAUCGAUCAUCUUAAAAAAUACAUGUGCAACGAGCUCGAAGAAUGUGAACUUGUAUCGAAUACACCUCCAGAAUGUACUGCAGAUACCGAGAGUACUGAAGAUAUUGACAAUGAAAUUAACGGCAAAACAUAUUACAAAGUUUUCAAAAGGGAAAUACAGCCAUCUAAUGAAGAUAGGAAGCAGCGAGUAAAACAGAAAUACAACAUCCGCAUCAAACUCUACACUCGUAUCGGACGGAAACUCGGUGUUUGGAAAAAAGGCAAAACACUCGCUGAAAAUUUACAAACAGUUCGUAAUGAAUUACAUUCUGUAAGCAGAAGUGAAGAUUUGAAAAAACGACUGCAGAGUUUGAAUAUUGAUGUGAGACGAUUCAAAAUUGAAGAAUUUCUCAAAUGUUCGGACGGAAGUAUUUUUAAGAAACAUAUGUGUGUUCAAUGUCCUAGGGGAACGUUUCAAGAUGCGUUGUUCAACAGAUGUGUCACGUGUCCCAUUGGUACUUAUAACAGCCAACUAGGACAGAUUUUGUGUACGAGCUGUCCACCCCAUACGUCCACUCGAAAAGGUGGACGACGACAUAUUGAGGAUUGCAUACAGCAGUGUCCCCCGGGCACGGCGGCCAAAAUAAAAAUUCCUCGCAAGAAAUUACGUCCUGAGGUUACUAACACACACAGCUUAAUGCCGUUUUGUCGCAAGUGUAACCCUGGUGAAUAUCAAUCGGAAUACGAUCAGACACAAUGCGAAAAAUGCCCUUCAGGGCAUACAUCUCCAAGAGGAGCUACUUCCCGUUCAGAAUGUACACUUGAAAGACCCAACCCUUGUAUUAUGAAUCCGAAAAUUUGCGGGCCAAAUGGCGUGUGCAUUACUGACUCGAAUGUUCAAAGUUCAUAUUAUUGCCAAUGCGACCAAGGCUUCGAUGGGCCUCACUGUGAGCAUGCUGUGGACUUGUGUGUAUCAGCACCAUGUUUCAAUCAUGGUUCCUGUAAUAAAGUAAAUGCUACCACCGUCACUUGCACAUGUCCUUUACCAUAUACUGGACAGUUUUGUGAAGAGAUAGUUAGUCCCUGCGUAAAUUCGAUAUGCCACAACGGCGGAACGUGUCUAGAAGUAGCUGGAAGUGCAAUGUGUGAAUGCCUGACAGGAUUUGAUGGAACCUACUGUGAAAAGAAAGUUGAUUAUUGUCGCCACAAUUUAUGUGAAAAUGGCCGAUGUGAGAACAUCCCAGAUGGUUAUCAAUGCAAAUGCCCGCCAGGAAUAAUAGGAAAAAGAUGCCACCUACGUCCUUGCGACUAUCUUCCUUGUCAUAAAAAUGCUAUUUGCAUAGACCUUCCACAUUUUCCAGCCACACAAGAAAGUUAUAUGUGCAAAUGCCCUAUUGGACUUCGGGGAUAUGAUUGUGCGCAAUCGCACAAUCCGUGCGAUGUAAGACCAUGCAGGAAUAAUGGAGUAUGUACCCCAAAGGCUUUACGAGUUGUCGGUAGUAGUGAUCUGAAUGAAGAGAAAUAUCGUGAAUACACUUGUAAAUGUCCACCUUAUUUUUAUGGUAAAAACUGUGAGAUAUUAGUAACUCCAGAUUUCUAUAUGAAAUUUUCAAAACCGAGCACAACGAAUUAUGCUAAGUUAGAAGGACCCGCGAAAGAUUUAAAAGAAAUUUCAUUCUGUACUUGGAUACAAACAAACGAUUCUUUCAAUUAUGGCACAAUUAUCUCGUAUGCUACCUUAGAUAUGGAUAAUAUGUUUACAUUCACCGAUUAUAAUGGAUUCGUGCUCUACGUUCAUGGACAACAUAUUGUUACUGAUAUUACCAUUAACGAUGGCAUCUGGCAUUUCAUUUGUGUCGCAUGGACAAGUAAUAACGGCUACUACGAAAUCUAUUUGGAUGGUAAAUUAUUGCAUGCCGGCCUUAAUUUGAGUGCGAAUAGUGUUAUUGAGAAAGGUGGCAUAUUAAUUAUUGGACAAGAGCAGGAUCAACUUAACGGUGAUUUCAGUGAAUCCGAAUCAUUUGUUGGCAAUAUUGCAUAUUUUGAUAUUUGGGACACUUUCAUCACUGCAGCAGAAAUUAAGGAGUUCCAUAGUUCCUGUGAGCCAUACAGAGGAAAUCUCUAUGCUUGGACCGAUUUCAAAAUGGGAGUCCAUGGUGCAAUUGAAAUAUUGCCAUCUAACUUCUGUAAACCAUGCAAAUCGGACUUGAAUCUGGCCAACGGUCGCGUUAAUAUUGUUCAUGAUAAAGCCUUUCAUCAAUGCGAUGAGGGGUAUAAAUUGCAUGGCAAUGUUAUGCGUAAAUGUUUGAGGACUUCAGAGUGGUCUCCAGGAAUUCCUUAUUGUCAAAUUGUAACAUGCCGUCCUCUUCCUGAUAUUACAAUGGGAGCUAUUAACUACACUAGUCUAACCUAUGGUGGCUUUGCAAAGCAUACAUGUCAUGAUGGUUAUCUUUUAGAAGGUAAUCCAAACCGCAUUUGCUUAUCGAACGGAGAAUGGUCAGGGAUGAGUCCAGUUUGUAUAAGUAAAGUUCGCUGUCCACCAAUUGAAAUAUCAAAAAGCGCCUCAAUUUCAUAUGGAACUGAAAGUGGACCUCUAAAUUCCACUUUGAAAGAGUAUGACGUCGGAGCUUUCGCGGAAAUAGUUUGUAAUGUUGAGGGGAAUAUUGUUGAAAGUAUAACCGUAUGCAUGGACAGUGGCGAAUGGGAUAUAAAAGUACCAGCAUGUGCCGCUCCAAGGAAACCAACAUCAAUAGAAGUCACCCCUACUACAACAACAAAAAUUCCAAUGAGUCGGGGACGAUCAUCAAGUAUAUAUAGAUUUAUAGGAAGAAACGUAAUGAGAGCUACAACCAGAAGACCUACUACCACCUCUACCACUCAGAAAUCAAUUUCUGCUACUUCAUCCACAACAACGUCUGCAACGACGACAAAAGCUGCCCCAAAAUUAACAACAAAGCCAACAACAAUGAAAUUAACGACUAAAUCAACAACAAUGAGGUCAACGACCAAAUCAACAACAGUGAAGUUAACGACUCCGUCAACAACAGUGAGAUCAACAUUAAAGCCAACGGUGACUACAAGUACUACCACAACCCCGAAGACAACAACAACAACUACUACUACUACAUCAACUACAACUUCAACUAAGCCACCUAAGCCAACCCCUACCACUCCUCUCAAAUUACUCACUACCCCGGCAUCAAUUCUGAGAUUUACCACGGGAAAGGUAACUGAACAUUCCGAGGAUACAUCGUCAUUGGAAAGUCAAGAGGACUACUUGCUUAGGACGAGCACUGAAUUUUAUGAUGAAGUUCUUACCACAUUAAAUAUGGAACAUUGUAAUUUGAAGGAUGCCCCGGAACCGCCAUCCAAUGGAUUAAUUGUGAACGUUUUAUCCUCCGAAAAUCGAACGAUUAUUAUUGAUUUGGAAAGUUUGCGGCACAAUCCGAUAUUUAUUCCGGUGGGGACAAAAGUUUAUUAUGGAUGCCCAAAUAACUUGACAAUUGUAGGAACUAACGUUGCCACAUGUCAGGAGAGCGGAGUAUGGGAUUCAAUUAGUUAUAUUUGUCAAGAAAAGUAUUGUGACAAACCACCUCGUCCAAUAAGCAUGAACUUACAAGGAAAUGCAGGAAAACGAUUUAAAAUUGGCGAUAAAAUCCUUCUACACUGCAAUGAGGGAUACAUGCUACAUGGCAGUCCUGAAAUAGUCUGUAAUCCAUUGGGAAAGUGGUCGAAAGUCCUGGCGCGCUGUGCAAAGAUAUCGUGCAAUAAACCGAAAUUACCGAAUAACGCGGAAAUUGUAAAGGGCCGAUCUUAUUUAUACGAGGAUAAAAUAUCAAUAGAGUGCGAUGACGGAGAAGAAGUGGAGAUUGUUUGUCAGAGUAGUGGAAAAUGGAAGCCUGAAAAGAUUUGUUCAUAGUGCCCUUGCGUUUGAAAUUUCGACGUAAAA